AUGGAUUCAUUACCAAAACAAUUGAAAGGUCUUAUUGGACCAUCAAUACUCAAUGCUGAUUUAUCUAAACUAGCAGAUGAAAGUCGUCGUCUUCUUGAUGCUGGUGCUGAUUAUCUUCAUCUUGAUGUUAUGGAUGGACAUUUUGUUCCAAAUUUAACUAUAGGUCAUCCAGUUAUAAAAUGUUUAAGAAAAAAUAUUCCAAAAGUUUAUUUUGAUGCACAUAUGAUGGUUGCUAAACCUGAGCAAUGGAUUGAAGAAAUGGCUGGUGCUGGUGUUAAUCAAUAUACAUUUCAUAUUGAAUCAACACCAACAGAAAAUAUUCCUAAUAUAAUACGAAAAAUUAAAGAAGCGGAUAUGAAAGUUGGUAUUGGAAUAAAACCUAAAACUGAUAUUAAUGUUAUCAGUGAAUUUAUAAAUGAUAUUGAUGUUGUUUUAAUAAUGACUGUUGAACCAGGUUUUGGUGGACAAAAAUUUAUGGGUGAUAUGAUGGAAAAAAUUCGUUGGUUAAGAAAAACUUAUCCACAAUUAUUACAUAUUGAAGUUGAUGGAGGUGUUAAUAUGAAAACAAUUAAUGAUUGUGCAGAAGCUGGUGCAAAUAUGAUUGUAUCUGGUUCGGCACUGAUUGAAAGUAAACAACCAAAUAAAGAUAUGGAACAAAUGCGUCAGUUAAUUGAUGAAAGUUUAAAGAGUAAAAAAUUUAAUAUUCAAUUAACAAAUGAUCAACAUUGUUCUCAUUAA